AUGACAGCUACCGGACUAGCAUCAGGUGCAGCUUCAAACGACAUCUUCUAUGCUCUGUCACAAAUUCAGUUUGAUUUUUAUGGAUCAAAAUACCACUACUCAAUUUGUGGUUGUCGUUUACACGUCAAGAUUGCUGCUGUAGUGGCUACACUAAUAAGUUUCUUGACAUUCUUGGCUGCUGAUAUCUUUGUUAUUGUUGUACAUCGGUUCGCGAUUUGCUACUUCCUCCUGAUUGUUGGCUGUGCAGCUUUCUUCUUCUUCUUCUACGGUUGCCGUCAGUACAAUCGAUGGCUGGCAGUUUAUGAAAUUGGUCUUGUUGUCGUUCUGGCAUUUGCAGUUUGCUCUCUCCGUUUACCAGAGAGCAAGUCUUUUGAAAUCUUCGAAGGUUUUGGAGGUAUAUUUUACAAAACCGUAAUCGCUAUAUAUGCAAUAUUUUUUUUACUAAACGUCGCGUGUAUCAUAAUUAUUUAUCGACUGUUUAAAUUGUUCUCUGAUCGUAAAACCGCGAUUUCUCAUGCACCUCAUUUAGAGAUUUAUGAUGAUUACCGAACUCACCGUAAUUUCUUCUCCAGUAUUUUACUAAGUGCAGAAAGAUACGAAUUGCCUGAAGAACCAAUAUGUGUGAUCUCAUAUCCCCCACCUUGUCCCCCAGCUUAUGAAGCAGAAUCGUCAUCUGGCAGUUCCUCCCCGAAUACUGCGCGUCGUCCAAGGCGGAAACCAUUGCGGAACACUCAGCGCGUAAUUCUUCCGCAGUACACCGACUUUCGUCCAGAUGUUUAUGCGGAACCGCCUCCGUAUGACGAGAAACCAGAAAUCCAAAAUUAUAUUUAA